AUGGUCAUUGAACAGACGGGAAGGGGGGAGCGUUCAUAUGAUAUAUUCUCGCGGCUUCUGAGGGAACGCGUCAUCAUGCUCUAUGGACCGAUUCGGGAUACAGAUUCCGCGUUGAUCGUUGCUCAGCUACUGUUUCUCGAGGCGGAAGAAACAUCCAAACCAAUUCACCUUUACAUUAAUUCGCCAGGCGGCAGCGUGACGGCUGGCCUUGCAAUCUACGACACGGUAAGCACCUAUGUCUCGUCGCCCAUACAUACCUACUGCGUUGGCCAGGCUUGCUCGAUGGGUUCACUCCUGCUUGCUGCAGGUGAAAAGGGGAAACGGCACUGCUUGCCCAAUGCAAGCAUCAUGAUUCACCAACCAUCUGGCGGAGCUUCUGGACAAGCAUCAGACAUCGCCAUCCACGCCAAGGAGAUUCUACGUGUCAGGGAGCUACUUACCGGGAUCUAUCAACGGCACUGCAGCAAACCAGAGGAAGCGAAGGAUGUUGGUAUGCAGCGCUUCGAACGGGCACUGGAGCGCGACUACUUCAUGACGGCCCAAGAGGCACUUGAGUUUGGGAUUGUAGAUGGUAUCCUUGAGAAGCGACCGCGGUCUGAUACGGAUGCUUCUUAA